CCCAUUUAACUUAAAUCAUGAAAAAUUUGAAACAUAAAAGAAAUGGAGGGAAAAAGGUAACCCAACCAUUGCUACGAACUCCCAAACUCAAACCUUUCUAAACCCUAAAUUCUCUGAUCGAAUCCAAGUUGCAGAACUGAAGAGGAUGGCUGAGAUUCUAAGCCCUGAUCUGAACCCCCAGAAGCAAAGGGUUCCAAUGUCCGCUCGCAUCCAGUCUCCCACUAGCCCCUUCUUCUUGGGAUCCAACGACGACAAGCUCGAGCGUGCACAGGCACGCGCUGCUCGUGCAGCCGCGAUUCGCCGGAAAAACAUCUCCGUCAGCGCGCUUCCGUCUCUUGGAGAUUCUGAUCCUCUCCUCGGCAAGCAGCAGAUUUUCGAGUUGUUUCAAAAUUGCAUUAAGCUUGCCAGUGAAAAUAAAAUUAAUCAGAAAAAUACUUGGGAACUUAAUCUGAUUGAUCAUCUAACGGAGAUUAUAAAGGUCGAAGAAGAGAAUAAUAUGGAGACAAAUUUUCAAAAGGCAAGCUGCACUCUUGAAGCUGGGGUUAAGAUUUAUUCGCUAAGGGUGGACUCGGUACACUCUGAGGCCUACAAGGUCCUUGGGGGGAUGAAUAGAGCAGGCCAAGAAAAUGAAGCUGAUUCUGCAAACGUUGAUAGUGGACAAGAUGGUGUUCCAUCAAAGAAAGAGACAGAGAGAAAGAUCUCACCUUUGUCAACGCUGGAAUCAUCUUUUGAGGCUCUUAAUGUGAAAAAAUUCGAUGUUGCAUUUGCAGUGGAUCCACUUUAUCAUCAAACAUCAGCACAAUUUGAUGAAGGUGGAGCUAAGGGUCUUUUAAUGAAUAAUCUCAGCGUUUAUGGUGGAUGCAAGGUGCUUUUUGAUUCCCUGGAGGUACCAGGGAAGUGCAUAACAUGUGAUAAUCAGCAAGAUAAAGCAAACACAAUUGAUCUUUCUUUUGCUAAAGAACAUGUUGAACAGAUGGUGCUGAAUAUGCGAAUGAAAGAAGAAAUCUCACCUACCCUUGGAACUAUUGUCAAUCGUUUUGACAAAGAUAACAAGAGGCCAUCAGAUUUUCAUUACUCUGACCAGAAUUCAGCAGAGGAUGUUUACAAUGAGGCUGAGUUUGAUGGUGAUCCAAUUGAGGACUGUGGGACCUGGAGUUAUGAUCACGAUGACGAGACAACCAUGGUAGAUGAGGGCCCUAAUUGUGCAGAUUCAACUUUUCCAGAUUACCACGAGGGAAGUGAACCAUAUACUUCCCAGGAGUACGAUGCUGAUGACAGAUUUGAGGAAGUUGAUGGGUAUUUGUUCUUAAAUAUGGGGUUAGCUUCAAAACAAAAUGCUUGGGCAGGUCCUGAGCAUUGGAAAUAUCGAAAAACUAAGGAUUUAGAGGCUGAUCGUUCUCAAGAAAAUGCUUCUGCACUAAACUCUAAAAGAAAGAAGAGCGAAAAACAGGUACAAGUUGAUAUUGAUUUCACAAAAUCCUUGGACAACGAGAUGCCAGAUAUUUUUGCUCCUCCUAAAAAUCCCAAGUCAUUACUGCUACCUGCAAGUCGAGCACCAAGUAAUACAAAACUUCCUGAGGAUUGCCACUAUCAUCCGGAGAAUUUGGUGAAGUUAUUUCUGCUACCUAAAGUGAAGUGCCUUGGGAGAAGAAAGUUCUCAGCUGAAUCAAGGCAACAGCGUGACGAAUAUGGCCAAAUGCCAUUAUGGGAUGAUGAUGAUGUACCUGGCGGGGAAUAUGAUGAAGGAAAUGUUCAAAGUGAUGACGAUGAGUCCAGCAUUCUUGUUUCUCAGCCUCGCCAGGUGAAUAAAAUUGAAGUCCAAUAUGACAAAACUUCUAAACAAGUUGACGUCCAGGCUCUGAAGGAAACUUUAUGGGACCAAUUACAAGAAUCUCAUCGAGCACCUAUUCAGGAGGAAGAAGACCCAUUAUCCUUCAAGAAAAUCUUGGGCACAUUUCCUAGUGACUCAAAAGCUGCGGCAACCAUCAAUGACGUCUCACCACACUUGUGUUUCAUAUGCUUGUUACAUUUAGCAAAUGAGCAUGGAUUGACCAUCCGUGGACACACAGACAUGGACGAUCUUUCAAUACUUAUUCCACGUCCUAGUGGAGCAGUGUAGACUAGAGCUUUAUCUCAUUGGUUCGUUCUUGUACCCAACCCACCCUUCUAUAAGGCUUUUUGUGUUCCUUAACAUCUUGUACCAUGAAAAAUUUGUGAAUCAUAAAAUACUAAAUCUUCAACUCUCUAUUUGGUACAGUAGAUAGAGAUAGAAAAUCUGUCUUGUCUUAAAUCGUUCACUCUGAAAAGUUGGGUACAAUUUGACGUGGCAUAUCCACCAUGAUCUUUUCUUAGUAGGGGUAAGUGUCUACACGAAUUAAUUUCUUUGGGGAACACAUGUAAAGAUAAAAUUGGAUUUUGUUAGAUAAUGUGGGGUUGACAAGGAUUGGGGUAUAUCAAUAAUUCAAUGUGAAACUAAUUUCUAUU